UCCUGGAAGCCGAAUUCAGUUAUGGACGUUCCCGCAGGAGGAAUACACGAACUGUGAUACGAAUUUAUCACGCACAUACACACACGCACACGCACAUACGCCUGCUUUACGCAUACACACACGCACAUACCACGCAUGCACCUCCCGCUCGUCUUCCCGAGAUCAUCCUUCACCUGGCUUUCUCGCACGUCUCACCACGGCUCUCCCCCGCUCUACAUCGACCUCGACUUCGACCUUUUCUGCCGACUUCCGAACCCGGCUCUAGGUGUCACUUGUAUGACCAGGAAACUGACGGCCGAUGGUUUCUCGUUUCGUCCCGUACAGAUCAUCUACCUCCGAGCCACCGGAGGUGAGGUCGGAGCUUCGUCCGCUUUGGCCCCCAAGAUCGGUCCUUUGGGUCUUUCGCCCAAGAAGGUCGGUGAAGACAUCGCCAAGGCCACCGGUGACUGGAAGGGUCUCCGAGUCACCGUCCAGUUGACCAUCCAGAACCGUCAGGCCAAGGUCAGCGUCGUCCCCAGCGCUUCGAGUUUGGUCAUCAAGGCCUUGAAGGAGCCUCCUAGGGACCGAAAGAAGGAGAAGAACAUCAAGCACACUGGUAACGUUUCUUUCGACGAGAUCGUCUCGAUCGCCCGAAAGAUGCAGCACAAGUCGCUCGCCAAGAACCUCUCUGGUACCGUCAAGGAGAUUCUCGGAACCGCCCAGUCGGUCGGAUGCACCGUCGACAGGAAGAACCCUCACGACGUUAUCGAGGGUAUCGAUGACGGUUCGGUCGAGGUUCCCGAGGAGUAGAGGGUGCGGUCUUUGCUUGUAGUUUGGGGAGGAGACGCGACCAUGACGAGACGCAUAUAUACAGAUGCUCAACCCAAAAUCAUUCGAGACCUCGUGUGAGGAGGGCAGGUCAGGGAGCGGUUGUUUGGCGCGGGUGUGCAGCACGAUUCUGCCUCUUGCAAUGAAGCUGGACUGCAUGGCUGUACCUUUGGGGCGGAUCACGAUGCUUCUGUAGCAGAAUAUACCUCGACACCACUUCUUCUACAGCGCUGUCGAUCCCCUUUUCUAUAGCUCAGAAAUCCAGCUCGGGCAGUAGGAACUUGCCAUCCGAUUCACGCGCGAUCUUGAU